GGUGACUGGACUUGCCGUGGGCUUCCAAGACUCCGCGGCGCUGCUGGCUGUAAUCUCUGGAUACCGGAGGGCGGAAGUGCAGCAGGGCUCGGCUCCAACCUCCGCGCCGGUGCCUUCUACGGCUGCGCGGGCUCUCGGGACUCCAACCUAGAGCGCCUCUGCGGGUACUGUGUGUGGCAACCAGCCUUGCCUCCUUGCCAGCGUCCGGGACCCAGGCGUCUCCGCUGGUGCAGGAAGCCGGAGAAGGAGCCGGCACUUCGGUUUGGCUUUAGUUGAAAAAAGAACUUAGCCUAUAUGUACCUCUUUAACCACUGGAAGAAUGACAGAUGACAAAGAUGUGCUUCGAGAUGUGUGGUUUGGACGAAUUCCAACUUGCUUCACACUGUAUCAGGAUGAGAUAACUGAAAGGGAAGCAGAACCAUACUAUUUGCUUUUGCCGAGAGUAAGUUAUUUGACGUUGGUAACUGACAAAGUGAAAAAGCACUUUCAGAAGGUUAUGAGACAAGAAGACAUUAGUGAGAUAUGGUUUGAAUAUGAAGGCACACCACUGAAAUGGCAUUAUCCAAUUGGUUUGCUAUUUGAUCUUCUUGCAUCAAGUUCAGCUCUUCCUUGGAACAUCACAGUACAUUUUAAGAGUUUUCCAGAAAGGGAUCUUCUGCACUGUCCAUCUAAAGAUGCAAUUGAAGCUCAUUUUAUGUCUUGUAUGAAAGAAGCUGAUGCUUUAAAGCAUAAAAGUCAAGUAAUAAAUGAAAUGCAGAAAAAAGAUCACAAGCAGCUCUGGAUGGGAUUACAAAAUGACAGAUUUGACCAGUUUUGGGCCAUCAAUCGGAAACUCAUGGAGUAUCCUGCAGAAGAAAAUGGAUUUCGUUACAUCCCUUUUAGAAUAUAUCAGACAACAACUGAACGACCUUUCAUUCAGAAGCUGUUUCGUCCUGUGGCUGCAGAUGGACAGUUGCAUACAUUAGGAGAUCUCCUUAAAGAAGUUUGUCCGUCUGCAGUUUCUCCUGAAGAUGGGGAAAAGAAGAAUCAAGUAAUGAUUCAUGGAAUUGAGCCAAUGCUGGAAACACCUCUGCAAUGGUUGAGUGAACAUCUGAGCUACCCGGAUAAUUUUCUUCAUAUUAGUAUCAUCCCACAACCAACAGAUUAAAGGAUCAACCAUUUGCCUGAACGGAAUCACCCUUAAACAGGAUUUACCAGAGCAUGUCACCUUUCUGCUUCAAUCAGGUUUGGUGGAGGCAUCUUGACCAGAAACACUUUGCUGCUGCAAGCCAAACAGGAAAAAGAUUCCAUGUCAGAUAAGGGCGAUUGGGCUGGUCUUUGCAUUACCACUGCUUUCCUCCACUGCCGUCAUUAAACCUCAGCUGUGACAUGAAAGACUUCACAGGACCACUGCAAGUCUUCUAUUUUCUUGUAAAAUAUAAUGAAGCCGAAACCUUUGGCCUAAGAAGAAAUGGAAAUAAUGUGCCACUCAAUUUGUAUUUCUGAUUAACAAAUAAACAGGGGUAUUUCCUAAGGUGACCAUGGUUGAACUUUAGCUCAAGGGAGUGGAAACAUUGGUUUAAUUUUCAAGAGAAUUAGACUUAAGAAAGUAAAAGAGAAAUUCUGUUAUCAAUAACUUGCAGUAAUUUUUUGUAAAAGAUCAAAUUACGGUAAACCCAUCUUUCCUUAAUGAAAAUUUCCUAUGUUUACAGUCUGUCUAUUGGUAUGCAAACAAUCUUGUAACUUUGAUAAUGAACAGUGAGAGAUUUUUAAAUAAAACCUCUAAAUAUGUUUUGUCAUUUAAUAACAUACAGCUUCGUCACUUUCCAAGUACUUUCUGACUCACGUGCGGUAGAUCACUGUUUUUACUUUGGGUGACUGUUCAGAUUGGCCGUUAUUGGCACGGAUAGGUGUAGGACAUAGGAUAACUUGUCUCAGGAGCUGUCAUAGAGUUUCUCAUUGCCAAUUUUAAAAUCUGUUUUCUUUACAUGCUAAAGGUAUAAAUAAUGUUAGUUUUUCUUUGCUGUUUUGUUUACAACUAUAAACCUGUCAAAUCAUAGUAUGGUUAAACAUCUGUAUAAGAUAAUUGUGCAUUUUGGGGACAAAAAUUAUUUCCAAGCUAGCGUUUUUUAUUGGCUCCAAGUCUAAUAUUUUAUGUGGUCCCCUGGCAGCCAGUCUUUGAAGUAAAACAAUUACUUAUCUCCUGACUGCAGUAGCUUUUCCUUAACUUUACCAAAAAUAUUCAGAUGUUACUGGAGCUCUUAUUCAAUAGAAGGAAAUUUUUGCUUCACUUUAUUACCAAGCUGCUGGAAUUCUAGCAGCUAAACAUAUUUGUGCAUUACAGUAUGUUUCUUAUGAGCUAGCUUGCUGUCCAUAUUGAAUGUCAACCCAUUUGAGUAUGCUAAAAGACUUAUAGUAUCAUACAAUAAUGGUUUUAGAUUCCAUAAUAAAAAUGAAUGUUUUUCUUGUGAAAAAUUAUCUGAAUGUUAAAGUGAGACCCUGCUAGUGCUUUCUUUUUUUCUUUCUUAAUUUUCAUUGAUAAAUACCAAAUUUAUUUACAGGAAGAGAAGGUUGUACUUGGUCAAAAAGCAAAUAUCCUGGAAUAGAAAUUAUAGGGCUCAAUCAAAAAGAAAACCAUGUGGUACCAAUAUGAUCUGAGAAAAAUAGAAGCCAGUAGAAAAUACCUGGCCAAUGUAAAUAAGUGGAAAAGUGGAAUUUUAGUAAAGGCAGAAAAAAAAAAAACAGUGGUAUCUGAGUUACUUAAGGAUUAAAAAAAACCCACUGACUUGUAUUUUUGCAAAGAGAUUGGUCUGAAUAUGAUUGUUCACGUUUAGAAGUGCUUACUCUUCUGUUCAGUUUGGGGAUUUUCCCCCUUGAUGUUUUGAUAGACUGAAGUGAGCUUCAGAGAGCAAAAGGAUCAAAAUGCCAGGGAGUACUAAGUUGUGAUGAUGAAAGUGUGGUGAGAAUGGUAAGCCAUAGUAGUUUUCCACGGAUGAGACAGUCAGUGUAAGGCCUCUGCAGCCAGCUUGAGUAAGCUGCUGACACUUACUUCCAGAUUUGAAAGUAAAUUUCAUUAAGUCAUUGCCCAUUUUUACUUACUUGUUCAUUGUUACACAAGCAUUCUAACUUUAUUACUCUAGUCUUCAUAUUCCUGGUAAGUCAAGCCUCCAAUAACCAGAGGAAGAAUUAAAAUACAAAUUAGUGCUUGGCUUAAAUAUCUAUUUUUGUUUCUUUUUAUUUGAAUACUUAAAUUUUAUGGUUUAUUAAAAAAUUUAGUAAACUUUUUGUCUGUCUUUUUUCUAAAAGUUGAAGGUAACAUUUACAUGAAGCAAGUUACCUGUUGGGGAAAUCGUUAAAAUUUCCUUACCUUUACAUCUGUCAUAAAAGUUUCUUUAAAAAAAUGAAAAAGGUGAGGGAUAAAAGAACAUAUGGAAGAAAAUUGGAGAGGGCCACAAAUCUCCAUGUGCUUGUUUAACUCAUCUUUAAUAAAUAGUAACCCCCUAGGAAAAUGAAAAUGUGUUUCCAAAAUAUUGGCACUGUUAACUGGGCAGGAAUAAAUUUAGCCUAAAUAAAGGCUAUCAUUGCUUAUCUUUCAUGGUGUGGUUUUACAUUUGAAUAAUCUAAGUUCUGAAUAAUCUAAGAGUUUGAUGGACUUCUUUAUAUAUCUAGAGACCAGAAGUGGCCUGUUCAUAAUUUGUCAAGGUUGACCUACUGGCUUUAUAGGAUGAUGGUGUGUAUAGUCCAUAUUCCAGUCUGAGCCUGAGGUGACUUUAUGAAUGGGCUAGUCUUGUUAUGUUUAUCCCAGUUCACUGGAAACUAGGUAGGAAUUGAUCAUUUCCCAAAAAUGCUGAAGUGUACAAGAUCUGGCAUCAAGUGGCAGUAACUUUUAAUAGUAAUCUUUCUAGGGUAUGUUUAUUUAUUUAUUUUUUAAUGAGCUACUGAGGUAACUUUUUCAUCCUGUCAUUUUUCAGAAAUUUGGUUUAUGUGGGUCAUGCCAAAGAAUGACAGUCUCACUUUUUAUUUAUCAUAGUAUUCAAAUUUAGGUCUGAGGUAAGUUGGGUUUCCUGUUAGAUGUGCCAACAUAGUUAAAGUACAAGUGUAGAAUCUUGGGAUAUGAUAGGGGAAAAUUGACUGUCAAGAUACUUGAGACAGUUUGGACCCAUUCAAAGUCAAUCACUGGGAUAUAAUCAGUGAAAUUACCUACUUGUCUCUUGAGUUCGGUCAUCCUCUUAAGUGUUUUCUAACUAUAGUCAUUUCAAGAUCUGAAAGUAUUAAAAAUUACCCCAGGGGCGAGGAAGCGGGGAAAGGCAUGCCUUUUUUAAAUAAUUUGAGAUUAAUUGAUACUUUGUAAUUAUAAAAUUCAUCUGACAAAAAAAUGCUUUAAAUUCAAGCAUGAAUUACAAAUUUGUGAUUCUCCACACUUAGCAAAUGCAAUAUUGCAGAAUCUAGUAGGCAUAAUAUGGUAACCAAAAGUGGCUCAAUGGUUAAGAGCUUGGCUGCUAACCAGAAGAUUGGCAGUUCAAAUCCACCAGCCACUCCUUGGAAACCCUAUGAGGCAGUUCCAUUUUGUCCAGUAGGAUCACUAUGAGUAGGAACCGACUAGACGGUACAUAACCAACAAUAACAGUGGAGUGAAAAAGGUUCUCGAUUUUUUAAUCACUUGGUGAAUCAGUAAGUAUUUAAAGUUUUUAAAUACUUUGUAUUUGUUAACAAUGAACGUGUUAGAAUGGUGAACAGUAAGGUUAAGAUAAAGCUGAAGGUUUAGGAGUGUCAGCCUGUUUUGACGUAUCAAUUGAUUUCUUCUGAAAGUGGUUAGCUUUCCUUCUAGCUUCUGCACCCCCAUAUUACAACAAUAAAGCACAACCAGGCUUUUUCAUCUUUCCCCAUUUCAUAGUGGAGUGUCUAGCAUAUAAUUGGUGCUUAGUGAAUGUUUCUUUAAAAAAAAAAAUCAACCGAUAAUUACUAAAUGACACUUCAAAAUCAAUGCUAUAUUUUCCCGUUAAGAAUAUCAGUUAUAAAAAUAGGAGGAACUUCGCCAUUUAGAGAUACACAAAGGGCAGUUGGUUCGAGUUGGCAUUACAUCAAACUGAUGAAGAGUUGCUUAGUCAAAUCAGCUACUUUCAGUAGGGACCCUUGUGGACCAGAUCCUUACGUCAGUUCACAUUCAUUUUAGUUGCAAUGUAGACCACAGAACGUAUCUUCUGUUUCAACAUCACUGUAAUUUAAGCAGCCCUUAACGUUGGAGCAAUUCUUGCAAAGCAUCUGGAGGUGUUUGUUAAUUCUGACCGUUUCAUAAAUGAGUGGUUUAUGUCUUGCUUUUGCAUCUAAGACUGUACUUCUGAAAAUGUAAUACAUUUUUAGCAAGGGGAGUGUGUUGGGCCUGUGAGCGAGGUUAUUUAAACACAAAAAAAAAAGAAAAAAAAUUUUUUUUUUUAGACUAUUAGAAGCUUCCUCAUGAAGGCUUUAAGAAAAUAUUUGGGUUUCAAUCUUUAAUAUUUCAAGUGAAGGAGGAUAUCUCCCUGCUUCACAUCUCACUUCAACAAUGCUGAUGAGCUUUCCCUUCGUAACGCUGUGGUUUAUAAUUAAAUAUUUGUGUGGUUAUUUGAUCGUUUCCCACACUGGAGUAUAACCUUCACAGAUCCAAAAACUAGGUCUGUUUAGCUCAGUAUUAUAUCCCCAAGGCCUAGUAGACUGGAACAUAGUAAAAAAAAAAAAAAAAGUAAUAAAUGGUGAAUAAAAGUUUGGAGAAAGCUAUAUAUUAUAUGGGAAAUGCAUUAAGUCAUUAGAUCCUAAUGAUCUAAAACUAUACAGCUUAAGUCUUAUCCCUCCCUUUCUGACAACUGGGCAUUUGAAGGAUGCUCUCAAGCUUCUACUCAUCUUCAAGGAAAAUCUCUCUAGUUCCUUCAACCACCCCUUCCUUCAGAUAUGUUCCAUUUUGUCAGGCUCUUGAAAUUCAUUCACCAAGUGUUUACUGAGUACCUAAUAUAUGCCAAGUAAUGUGCAGGUUUGAGGGGCGGGGGAGGGAACACAGCAGUUUAUGUGACAGGCAUGGCUUCUGGCCUUAAGGAGCUUUUCAGUUUUCAUACUGCAAUAUUGCAUAGAUAGUCUGGCUGCUCAGCUGUAGUUUGGAAGGGCUGAAAUUAAUCAGAAGUUCUCUUUGCCAAACAUACACCCAAAUAUAAAAAUUAAGGCAAGCGGUCAAUGGACUGGUGAAAACUCCUUUUCAAUCCUUAGGUAGGUAUGAGUGUAAGAGGAAUCUAAGGUGAAUAUUUGUGCUCAGGGAGCCACCAUAAAACUGGCCAAGAAAGCCAAGGAGCUGAAAUGUGGCAUUCUAUGAAAAUAAUUACCAACAGGCCCAAAUGGUGAGCAGGUAAGGCCAAAGAGAAGCUGGCUUCACAUAUGAGAUGGUUUUCUGUGGCAGUGGGCACAUGCAGCAGGAAUUCCUGAUUUCUAGUUCCAUACUGUACCUCUUCAGGCCUGAUGACCUUGUCUUUUUGUGUUGUUGUCUUUCUGUGUUGUUUAGUACACAAUUUUCCAAAUACCAAGUUAUUUUGCUAAAAUUUACAUGCUUAGGUUGGAUGUCAGUAUUCUCAUGGUACUCAGAACUGUUGGUUUUUUGCUUUCUUUUCCAGAAACAGUAACCAUUGAUCCAUAAACUUUAUCUGACCCCAAAGAUUUUGUGCUGUUAGGUGCCAUCAAGUUGAUUCUGACUCAUGGCAACCCCACGAGUGCAGAGUAGAAGUCCCAUAGAGUUCUCAAGGCUGUGACCUUUCAGAAGCAGGUUGCCAGGCCUGUCCCCUGAGGUACCUCUGAGGGGGUUCAAACCCCCAACCUUUCAGCUUGUAGGGAAAUGCAUAACAUUUGCACCACCCGGGGAUUUUGUGCAGGCCCCUAGGGAAAAAUUUCAUCUCCUGACUACCAGCCCUUUUCUAGGUAUUAGAUAAUAUAACAUUUCAACCAGCCCUUCCUUAAGAAGUUGGUCAUUCCUGGUCCGUUUAUUCUAUAUCUCCUUUUAUCAUUGUUUUAAAAUUACCAUGCAAUAUGAAAUGUCUCUGAUACACUGUAAUGAAGCUAAUGUUAGAGUAUGACAGAGAAAGUUACUGAUGACCUCUGAAGGUAUUGCCAGAUCCUGAAGCCAAUGUUAAGAGGUGAGAGGUAGCCAGGUCAAGAAAACAAAUCAGGUUACAGGUGAAGGUCACGUGGGAGCAAAUCAGGUAAAAGCUAAGUUACUUUUGGACUACACUAUGCAAAAAAAAAAAAAAAAAUAUGCUUGAAUCAGAGUAAAAAAAAUAGAAAUGCUAGCUAGAUAGGUUAUGGUGAGCAAUAGUCCAACUCAAAUGUGUGAUGGGCAUCUUUCAUUCUAGGUAGAACAAAGCCCACACACUAGUCUUAAAGAAGACCACUUAGGAGCUCAGUGAAACCAACACUUAAUUGCUGAUUCUGUUAGCCACAUCCUUCUAGGUUUUACAGAGUUCCACAUGAUUCAUUUAUCUGUUCAAACACUUGUUGAGCAAAUAGGAUAUUUGAUGGUCUGGAAGGAACAAGACAAGAUGUCUGGUCUUAAGGAACCUCUAUAAGUGAAGAAAAGACAUCCAAAAAUAACUAUGCAACAUAAUUCUUAGAAAUUGCAAUAAGGUAUAAAUAAAACACUAUCAGAAAAUAGAGCUGAGAGAAGGAUUUACUUGGAGCUAAUUAGAUCGUAUCUUGUUUGACCUCUCAGAAGCACUAACAGUUGAUCACACCUUCAUUCUUGAAACACUUUCUUCACUUGUCACCACACCCUCCUGGUUUUCCUCCCACCUCAGCGCCUUUCUCGGUUUCCUGUGAUUAUUCUUCUCUUCUUGACCCCUAAAUAUUGAAAUGUCCCAGGGCUCAGGCUUUGGCCCUCUUGUCUAGCUACACUCACUGUGUGAUUUCAUCCCAUAGAUUUCAACAUCAUCCAUAUGUUAUCCCCAACAUUGACCUCUCCCUUGAGUUCCAAACUUAUGCCCAAGUGCCUGUUUGACAUCCUGUUUUAGCUGUCUAGUAGGCAGUUCAAAUUUUACUUGGUUGAAACAGAACACUUGACUUUUUCCUCAAACCCACACCUCUUCCACCCUUUCCCAUUUUAAUGCUACCCAGUCAUCCAGUCCCAAAACCUAGGAGUUAUUUUUAAUUCUCCUUCCCUUCACACCCCAUAUCUAAUCCAUCAGCACAUCCUGAUGACUCUACCUUCAAAAUAAUACCAUUAAUAUAUCAACUUCUUACCACCACUGCUACCACCAAGUCUAAGCAACUGUUGUCUCUAACAUGGACUACUACGAUAGCCUCUUUUUUGGUCUCCCUGCUUCCACUCUUAUGCUUUCUUUCACCUUUUCUUCAAAUUAUAGGCAGUUACUUGAUAAAGAGUUUCCAAUAUCUUUCCAUCCCACCCAAAAUAAAUCUAAACUCUUUAUCAAAUUCUGACCUCAUCUCCUAUCAUCACUCUCUGCCUUGGCUACACUGGACACCUUGCCCGUCUUGCUGGAGGGCAAGGACUUGUCUCAUUCUUCUGUUUAUCCCCAUUCCUCUAACAGUGCCCAGCACAUCAUUGUUGUUAUGUUGUUGGGUACCAUCAAGUCAGUUCCAACUCAUAGUGAUCCUGUGUACAACAAUAAAACACUGCCCAGUCCUAUGCCAUCCUCAUAAUUGUUAUGCUUGAGCCCAUUGUUGCAGACAGUGUGUCCAUCCAUCUCAUUGAGGGUCUUCCUCUUUUUCGCUGACCCUCUACCAAGCGUGAUGUCCCUCUCCAAGGACUGAUCACUCCUGAUAACGUGUCAAAAGUAUGUGAGAUGAAGUCUUGCCGUCCUUGUCUAAGGAGCGUUCUGGCUGUACUUCCAAGACAGAUCUGUUCGUUCUUUUGGCAGUCCAUAGUGUAUUCAAUAUUCUUCACCAGUACCAUAAUUCAAAGGCAUCAAUUCUUCUUUGUAGGGGCUUAUUAAAUAUUUGUUGAAUUAAUACAUUUCUAUAACUUCCAAAUACAUUAGGAAAAGCUGCAUCGAAGAAGUGGUUUUUGAGCUCAAACUUGAAGGAAGGGUAAAAUUUUCAUAAAUGGGGAUGAGGGAAGGUGAGUGGGUGACAGUAAGCCAGACAGAGCCGCAUGAAUAAAAAGCUCAGAAGGAAGGUUGUCCACCUGAGCUGGAACCUGUCACUUCUCUGGGGGAGAGAGAGAAGACGGGAAAAUUAUAUUCUGAUAAGAUUAUAGAAAGCCUUGAAUACCAGGCUAAGGAGAUGAGAUUUUAUUUGAUGUGCACUAAGAGCCAUUGAAUAUUUUUCAGUAGUUUUAUGAGUCGGAACCGACUUGACGACACCUAACAAUAAGAACAACAGAUCACAUGUUCAGAGUAACCUUUUAAGAUGAUGACUCUGGUAGGAGUGCAUAGGGAGAUUUAGAACAGGCUGAGUCCGGGGGUCCAAUGAGAUAAAGCUACUGUAAUCAGCAAACUUUUUUUUUUUUUUGCAGCAGAGUUCUUUCUCAAAUAUUUGCUUUCUGAAAUGUCCAGAAAAGCAAGUCAAGAGGGGCUUCUCUGGUUGAAACAGGGUUAGUCUCAAAAGCUGACCUUCUAGCUCCCCGUUGCCUGCUACACCAGCUUUGACGCAUCGGUCCAGGAGCUCCGCUGGCCUGGCCCUUUUGGUAAUAAAGUGAUGAAUUUCAAACCAAAGGCAUUAUAAUAUUGAUAGUGGAAAAAUGUUUCAGCUAAAAGAAAACAGAGGAAGAAGCAACUGAGCAAUAUGAGAGACCUGGCAGGAAGAAGUCAAAGGUGAUAAAAAAAAAAAAUUUGGGAAAUUAGUUACCCAAAUAAGAAUUUAGUUGGGGUGGGGAGGGCAGACAGGCAAUGUGUUUAGUUUUGAAGCAGGUUUAAAUACUCGUAUUUGAGGGGUUAAGAGAGACACUAGUUCUCAAUGCUUGCUACACAUCCCAGUUACCUGCGGAGCUACUUCCAAACAUUCAAAACUAUUUAUUUCUGAACACACACACACCAUUAGCUCAGUUUCUGUAGGACUGAGGCAUUGAGAUAUGUUUAAUGCCUUACAAGUGAUUCUGAUUUGCACUCCCAAUUGAAGACUGGGUAUAGAAAAGGUCUUUGGUAUAGAAUUGUCAGUGAGCACUCUAAGUGUGGGGCUGCAGCUCAUGACAGCGAUCCGAGCUGCAAAGGCUGGAAAUAGGUGUGGGAGUCACCCACCUGGAGGUGCAAGUUGAAACAAAGAGUUUGGCAAGGAACUGAAUCAAUCAUACGUUGGAAUAACUUAACCAUCUGCCUUUCCGUAUGUGAAUUCCCUAGUCCAAGACACUAACGUGACAAAGGCUUUGCAAUAUCUGGGUUCCCCCUACUAGAUGUAUCCCCAGUAUUCUUUCUCUUCUUCAUGAUCCAACCAUAUCUAUCUCAUUCUCAAAAGCAUGAAACUCUUAUUACAAACUCUUGCCUUGACUAUUAAAAAAAAAAAAAAUUACCUCUCUGUAAAAUGUAUCUCCUUGUGCUUGCCAAGUCUUACUCAUCUUUUUUCAAUUUUUCAGCACUUUCUUCUCCAGUCCUCAGGAUUUUACUCUCCAAAGGGUUGCCAGAUUUAGAAGGCCAAAUGUGUGAUACCUAGUUAAAAUUGAAUUUCAGAUAAACAACAAAUAGUUUUUUUUUUCUUCUUUGUAUAAAUGUAUCCCAUGCAAUAUUUGGAGCAUACUUAGACUAAAAAUAACUUCUUUAUCUGAAAUUCAGCUUCAUGUGGGGAUCCUACAUUUUAUCUGGAAACUCUACUCCUGAAAUAGAUUUGGUUAUAAUUGCCCGCUCCUCUCAGUUCAUUCUCUACUUUUUCCUCAAUAUCCCAUCUGUACUAAUUGCUCUAUAUUUAUAUUUCCUGGUAGGCUGUAAGUUCUGAGAGGGCAGGGACUGGAUCUGCUUUGUUCACCAGUGCCUAGCACAAUGCAAUAGCAUGUCAUAGGCCCUCAAUAAAUAUUUAUUAAAAAAAAAUUUUUUUUUUUUUUUUUAUUAAAUGAAUGAAAAUAAUAAAGAUUGUUGGAGUUCUAAAGAGGGACCAGUGCUCUUCAGCCCUGGAGCAGGAGAAGGGAGAGAACACACAGAAAAGAUACAGAGUAGAAAGAGAAGACCUUGGACUAACCUAAGGGGAAUGUCCAUACUUGAAGGGCAAAAAGAGGAAGGAAGGAGGCAGAUGCCAGAGACAGAAGUUUCUACAUGUCUAUAAAAAUCAGAAUAGUGUUUUUAAAAGAAGAGAGUCUAAAAAAAGAAUUCAUAAAAUACAGCAGGAUCUAGGGAAAUGAUAAUGGAGACCAGGACUUUGUAUAUGCCUACUAAAUACCUGGGGACAACUACACAACGAUAAAGAACAAUGAUGAAUCCACAAAACAUCUCACAACAUGGAUGAAUCUGGAGGGCAUUAUGCUGAGUAAAAUAAGUCAAUCAUAAAAGGACAAAUAGUAUAUGAGACCACUAUUAUAAAAACUCAAGGUUUACACACAGAAAGAGCCAAUCUUUGACGGUUACGAGGGAUGGGAGGGGUGGGAUGGGGAAAUCACUAGCAGAUAGUAGACAAGUGUCAACUUUGGUAAAGGGAAAGACAACACACAAUGUCAGAGAAGUCAGCACAGCAUGUCCACGGUAAAGCCAUAGAAGCUUCCUAGACACACCCAAACUCUUUGAGGGACUGAGUUUCUGGGGCUGAGGUCUGGGGACCAUAGUCUCAGGGGACAUCUAACCCAAUUGGCAUAACAUAAUUCAUAAAGAAAAUGUUCUACAUCCUACUUUGGUGAGUCCCAUCUUGGUCUUUAAAAACCUUCAAGUGGCCAUCUAAUAUACAUCUAUUGGUUCCAUCCCAUUUGGAGCAAAGGAGAAUGAAGAAAACCAAAGACAUAAGGAAAAUAUUAUUCAAAGGAAUAAAGGAUCACAUGAACCACAGCCUUCACCAGCCUGAGCCCAGAAGAACUAGAUGGUGCCCAGCUAAAAUCAAUGACCGUUCUGACAGGGACUACAAUAGACAGCCCUGGACAGAGUGGGAGAAAAAUGCAGGACAAAAUUCAAAUUCACAAAAACAGACCAAACUUACUGGUCUGACAGAGACUGGAAGAACUCCUGACACUAUGGCCCCCAGGCACCCUGCUAACUCAGAACUGAAGCCACUCCCGCAGCCCACUUUUCAGACAAAGAUUACAAACAAUAACAUGUGAGGAAUGUGCUUCUUAGUUCAGUCAAAUACACGAGACUAAAUGGGCAACUCCUGCCCAAAAGCAAGAGUAGAAGGCAGGAAGGGACAGGAACUGGUCGAAUGGACACAGGGAACCCAGGGUGGAAAGGGGGAGAGUAUUGUCACAUUAUCGGGUUUGCCACCAAUGUUAUGAAACAGUUUUAUAUAAGUUUUUGAAUGAGAAACUAAUUUGGGCUAUAAACUUUCACCUAAAGCACCAUAAUUAUAUAUAAAGGAAACAUUUGAGAAAUUUAAAAGAAAAAAAAAAAAAAACACUUGAGGACCUUCAAGAGAGCAGUUUUGGCACAGUGCAUCUGAUAGCUGUCAAGUUGCAAGGACUAUGAUGUAAGCGGUUGAUGAGGAAGUGGAAAUAGCAAAUGUAGACAACUUUUGAGAAAUUUAAUGAUGAAAGGGAAAAAAAUAUUGUAGCUGAGACAAUAGUAUGGUGGAGAGAAAAUGUGUGUAAACGUAUAUUUUAUGCAUAAGGGAGACCUUGGUAUGUUCAUGGAUGAAAGGGAACGCUCCAGUGGAAAAGGGGGGAUGUGGGGGAAGGAAGGGUAAUAGAUGACCUGGGAAGAAGCAAGAGGGAAUGGAUUAAGAGGAGGAAAGUUUCAGAAGUAAGAGGAGGAUGUGAACAACUAUUACAGUCAUUUCUGGCACGUGUGACUCUCUGGUUGGUCUUUUUUAAAAAAAGUAACAUUAUCCUCAUUACUAAAGAUAAUGUACAGUGUACACUAAAAAGUAUAACCUCAGUCAGAACAUAGUUCAGGUUUCUUAGCCCAGCACUUCUCAUAUUUAUAGUAAUCGCUGUGUGAGGCUGUUGUUUAGAGUUUGCAUUUCCAACAAGCCCCCAGGCGAUGCUAUUCUGAUCUGAGACCUUCCAUCCUUGCGUCCAUGAAGCUUCUUUUUUUUUUUUUUUUAAUGGCAGGUUGAUGUAAAUAUUUUACAUUUGGCUUAACCUUGAAGUGAAUACUUAUGUAAGAAAAAUUGAACAUCCUUUCUCCUUAAGUUAGCUGAAAUGUGGUCGAAAUACAUCUCAAAAAUGUAUUUCAGUUUUAAAUAACUCAAAAUGCUUAUGUGCGUAUCAAACAUGAAUUCUUUUAGAACUAAGCAAAGCAUUAUCUUUGGAGUUUGAAAGCAUAUUGUUGUGGAAUGUGAGAAAACAGAAAAUUGCCUAAAACCAGAAUGUGAUCUUGAUGAAAUAUUUUUCUAUAAUGAAUGACUGAUCAGUUAUUUGUUUGAGGGAUCUGUUAUUUGUCGAUUCAAAGGGACUUGAGAAAACUUUUCUUAAAAUGUUUUGUAUGAUAGUAGUAUGAUUCAUUAUUAAGGGUUUGGGGUGGUUUAAAACUGUUUACAUUUAACAAAGUACUGCUUUUUAACCUAAAACCACAAUAUAGUACAAGCAGACUAUUUACGAAAUAACCAUGGGAUUUUUUUUUUAAUUAAUUCCUAGCUUAGACUAUAUAAACUGUGAUUAAUGUCUCCUUUCUUCAAUUCCAUCAGUUAUUUCUGUGAUUGCCCCUAAAGUCUCAUUUGAAGAUGACAUUAAAAGCAAGGACUUGACAGUCCAGACAGACCACUUGUCUAUCACCCAACUGUGUAACAGAUCCCACAUAAAGUGAGAGGCUCCAAGAUAAUCCAAACAUAAACCAGAGGAAAAGUUUAUUGAAACCUGUACCAAAAUCUAAAAUUUUCUGCUUUGGCAAUUGUUUUUCUUUUCUGAUACAUUUUUUAUUUGUCUCAAAUGGAUAAUAAACCAAAAAAAAAACAUUGCCAUCAAGUCAAUUCUGACUCAUAGUUACCCCGUAGGACAGAGUAGAACUGCCCCAUAAGGUUUCCAAGGCUGUAAUCUCUAUGGAAGCAGACUGCCACAUCUUUCUCUCGCAGAGCAGCUGGUGGGUUUGAACCACCAACUCUUCUGUUAGCAGCCGAGCUCUUAACCACUGCACCACCAUGGCUUCCUUCAAAUAGGUAAUAAAAAAAAAUAAAAAAUAAAUGAUAAAUAAAAAAAUAGGUAAAUAUACACACACAUACAUACACAUACACAAAAAAUAGGUAAAUAUACACACACAUACAUACAGAAAAAAUAGGUAAAUAUACACACACAUACAUACACAAUAUUCAAACGGUUCUUAGGGUAUAUAGUGAAAAUCCCUCUUCUCCCACCUUCCCGUGCCUCCACAGAAUUCUCCCUCUGUUAACCAGUUUCUUAUAAAUAUUUCGGAGAGCUGCUAGGAAUUUAUAACGUAUGUGCGCGCACAGGCGGGCACAAUUACACACACACAACCCGCAUAUACUAUAGUAACAUAGUAUACUCACUGUUCUGCAGUUCUUUUUUUCACUUAACAUUAAACCUUGGAGAUGUCAUAUUAAUACAUAUAUUCUACCCUGUUCGUGUUAAAAGCUGAAUAACUGGGAAUGAUUUGCCAAAAUUUGAAUUUUUUUUCUUCCAUAAGGUUACAUGCAAGUGAAUAUGUUUAGCGUUUAGGGCCAUUAAGGAAGAAUGUCAGUGGAUACCCACAGGGAAAUUCAACAUCCCCUUAAACUCCCUCUAAUCAACCUGUAAACCCCUAUGGUUUUCACCAGCCUGGAUGCCUUUCCUUCUCUGUAUUCAUCCACCCAUUGCUUUCAUUUCCUAGGGCUGCCUUAACAAAGUGCCACAAAUAGGGUGGCUUAAAAAACAAAUUUACUCCGUCACAGUUCUGGAGGCUAGAAGUCCAAAAUCAAGGUGUUGCAGGGCCAUGCUCCCUCCGAAGCUCUAGGAAAGGAAUCUUAACUGAUUGUUGUUCUUUGGCUUGUACCUACAUCGCUCCAAUCUCUGCUUCGUCUUCACAUGGCCAUCUUCCUCUGCAUCUGUCUCUCUGUGUCACUUCUCCUUUUAUAAGGAUACCAGUUACAUUGGAAGAGGGCCCACCCUACUCCAGUAUGACCUGUGAAUUUAACUAAUUACAUCUGCAAAGAUGUAAUUAUCUAUCUCCAAAUAAAGUCACAUUCACAAGUACCAGGGGUUAGGGCUUGGACAUAUCUUGAACAAAUCAAACUUUUGGGGGGACACAAAUUAACUUAUAACACCGUCUUCCGAGUAUUUUUUGUGUCUUCAUUGUACCCAGCAGUAUAUGAAGUGCUUUGUGGGUGCUCCAUAAAACCACCUGAAUGAAAGCCUGCUCUUGACAAUGAGGCUGGACUUUUCUUUUAAAUAAACUUUUAAUUUUAAAGCACUUUUACAUAUACAGAAAAGUUGCAAAGAUAGUACAGAGAAUUCACCAAGUUUCUCCUACUGUUGCAUCUUAUAUUACUAGGGUACAUUUGUCACAACUAAGAUACCAAUGGAAGCCAUGGUGGCGUAAUGGUUAAGUACUACAGCUGCUAACCCAACGAUCAGCAGUUUGAAUCCACCAGGUGCUCUUUGGAUACUCUAUGGGGCAGUUCUACUCUGUCCUGUAGGGUUGCUAUGAGUCGGAAUCGACUCGAAGGCAACAGGUUUGGUUUGGUAAGGUACCAAUAUUGAUACAUUAUUAUUUACCAUUGUUAAGAUUUUCUUAGUUUUCAAUUAAUCCCCUCCCCCACCCCUGCUGCCAGAGUCCCAUUCUGGAUACCAUGUUGCAUGCAGGUGUCAAGUCUCUUUAGUUUCUUCUGGUCUGUGGAAGUUUUUCAGUCUUUCCUUGUUUUUCAUGGGGGUUUUGACAGACCUGAGGAGUGCUAGUCAGGUAUUUUGUGGAAUGUCCCUCUCUUUGGGUUUGACUGAUACUUUUCUCAUGGUUACAUUGGGGCUACAGGUUUUUGGGAGGAAGAUCACAGAGGGGAAGUAGCCUUCUCAGCACGUUAUCAGGGGUUAUAUGAUAUCCACAUGACACCACUGGUGACAUUAACUUUGAUCACCUGGCCAAGGUAGUGUUUGCCAUGCGUCCUACUGUAAAGUUAUCACCCUGCCCCUUUCCCUGCUCUGUUCUUUGAAAGCAAAUCAUUAAGUGCAGCACCUCCUCCCUUCAAGGGGGUGGAGAGGGAUUAAGCCCCAUCUCCUUGAGAGCAGAGUAUCUAUAUAAAUUAUUUAAAAUUCUCUGUAAGGAAGAUUUUUCUCUUCUCCCCCAUUUAUUUGGGACCCUGGUGGUACAGUGGUUAAAGAGCAUGGCCUUAGAUAACCAAAAGGUCAGCAGUUCAAAUCCACCAGCCAUUCCUUGGAAACCCUAUGGGGCAGUUCUACUCUGUCUCAUAGGGUCACUAUGAGUCAAAAUUGACUUGAUGGCAGUAGUUUUUUAUUUUCCCAUUUAUUUAGUCAAUCUUUAUUUGUAUUAGUAUGGGCUCUCAUGGAUAUCUAUUUAAUGUUCUGGAUUAUAAUGCAAUAGCAAGUUAUUUAUUUAUUGCUUCAAUUGUUCCACCUUCAGCCAUUAGGUGCUCUUUCAUGUUGACUCCUUAGUUCCUUUGACAUAGUCCCUUUUGUGACUGAACAUGUCCUUACUUUCUGGUAUCACAAGAUAUUCCAUGUUCAUGUUGUAUAUUUCCUGCCCCAGCCUUGUUAUGUUGUUGUUGUGAUCGUCAAGUCGAUUCCGAUUCACAGUGACCCUAUAGGACAGAGUAGAGCUGCCCCCUAGGGUUUUUUAGGCUGUUAUCUUUACAAGAUCAGGUCACCAGCUCUUUUUUUUUUCCCACGGAGCUGCUGGUGGGUUGGAACCACCAACUUUUCCAUUAACAACUGAGCACUUAACCAUUGCACCACCAGGGCUUCGUUCCUUUUAUUGAAGAGGCUUAUAUUUCAGUCCAGGCCUCAGCAUUAUUUACUCACCCAUUCACUCACUCAUUGAUUCAGUCAGUCAGUGAAUAUUUAUAUUCUACUCUGAUGCUAAUCAUUGACCUAGAUGCUGGAUAUGCAAUGGUGAACAAAGCAGAGAAGAUGCCUGCCCCCAAAAGCUAACAGUGUGAUACUGGAGACAGACAAUAAGCAAGUCUCAACAAAGAAAUAUAUAAUUAUAACUCUAGUGCCUGAUAUGAAGGGAAGGGACAGGGUAAUGAGAUUAAAAAUAACCCGUCUGGUUUAGAUCAGGUAAGCAGAGAAGGCCUCUGAAAGGCUGACAUUUAGGCAGAAAACAAGAUUGAGAGUCAAACAUUUAAAGAGCAGAGAGAGGAGUAUUUUCAAACUGCAAGUUAGUGACUCAAGACUAGUUUAAAAAAAAAAAAGAAUAGAAAAUACCAGAAGUAUUGCCUUAUAAAACUUUUGUUCCCUUUAUUGUGUAAGUAUGUGUUUUUAUAUCUACUGAUUCUUGAUAUAAAAUGCAUUUCUUACUGUGGAGCACAGUCAAAAAAGCCUGAAAGUCACUGUUUUAGGGAAAGGUAAGAGUUAUUGAACAAUAUCACUAAUAUCACCUGCUAGCAAAAUUUUGCUGAACAUGAUUAAAAAAUGACUGUACAUUAGUAGAACACUCCCAAAAGUUCAAGCUGAAUUCAGAAGAGGACGUGGAACGAGGGAUAUCAUUGCUGAUGUCAGAUGGAGCUUAGCCAAAAGCAGAGAAUGCCAGAAAGAUGUUUACCUGUGUUUUUAUUGAUUACACAAAGGCAUUUGUCUGUGUGGAUCAUAACAAAUUAUGGAUAACAUCAUGAAUGGAAAUUCCAGAACACUUAUUUGUUCUCAUGCAGAACCUGUACAUGGAUUAAGAGGCAGUCAUUCAAACAGAGCAAGGAGAUGCUUCAUGGUUUGAAAUUGGAAUAGGUGUGUGGCAGGGUUGUAUUCUUUCACUUUGUUCAAUCUGUAUGCUGAACAAAUAUUCCAAGAAGCUGGACUAUAAGAAGAAGGAGGCAUGAGGAUUGGAGGCAGACUCAUUAACAACCUGAGCUAUGCAGAUGACACAACCUUGCUUGCCAAAAAUGGAGAUGAUCUGAAGCACUUACUGAUGAAGGUAAAAGACUACAACCUUCAGUACGGAUUACACCUGAACAUAAACAAAGCAGAAAUCCUUACCACUGGACCAAUAAACAACAUCAUGAUAAAUGGCAAAAAGUUGAAUUUGUCAAGGAUUGCAUUCUUCUUCGGCCAACAAUCAAUGUCCAUGGAAACAGCAGUCAAGAAAUCAAACAAUGUAUCGCACUGGGCAAAUCUGGGGCAAAAGACCUCUUUAAAGUGUUAAAAAGCAAAAAUGUCACUUUGUGACUAAGCUGUGCCUGACCCAAGCCAUGGUAUUUUCAUGUGAAACCUGGACAACAGAAAAGGAAGAUUGGAGAAGAAUUGACAUAUUCAAAUUGUGGUGAUGGUGAAAGAAUGUUGGCUACAUCAUGGACUAUCAGAAAAAUGAACAAAUCUGUCUUGGAGGAAGUACAGUCAGAAUGCUCCUUGGAAGUGAGGAUGGCAAAACUUCAUCUAGCUUACUUUGGACAUGUCAUCAGAAGGAACCAAUCACUGGAGAAAGACACCAGGCAUGGUAAAGGAGAGGAUCAGUGAAAAAGAGGGAGACCCUCAAUGAGAUGGAUUCACAUGGUGGCUGCAACAAUGGGUUUAAACAUAGCAAUGAAUGUGAGGAUGGUACAGAACCCAGCAUACGUACAUUUCUGUUUUGCAUAAAUAAGGUCACUAUAAGACAUUCAAUUAGACAGCACCUAACAACAACAAAAGAGCAGAUUGAAAGCUCUGAAAAGAGAAAGAACUUUAAUGUGUUUGAGGACCUGAAAAGAGACCAGUGUGUGUCUGGAGAGGAAUGAACACAGGAUGUGAGAAGAGGCCAAAGAAAUGAGGAGGCACAAAGUUGCUCUACAGGGCUGAGAGGCCGUAGUAAUUUAAUUGAUGAAUGAUGGGAAGCCACUGGAGGGCUCUAAACAAGGAAAUAUUGAUAAUUCUAAAAGAUAUCUUAGGCUGCUAUGGGGAGAAUGGAAGAAGAAGCCAAAAGAGGAAACAGGAAAAAGUCAGUAAUAAGACUCUUGCAGUGAUCCACCAGGUGAAAGAGAAUUCACUAGAAUGUGUGGUUCACAUUUCAUUGUUAGUCUUAUUCUCCCAGCCACUAGAACAAUGCCUGGAGCACAGCAGACCUUCAAUAUGUAAUUGUUGAAUGAAUAAAUUACAUGAUUGUAGUAAAGAUGUAGAGAAAUGGAUAAGUUACAUCAUAUUUGGAAAAUGACAUAUCCUAUUGAUAGGUUGGGUGUAGGGAGAGAAGGAGAGGGAGGGAGUGAGCUCUCUUUUACACAUCUAACGCCACACUACUCAAUUAUGGUUUCUUUCUUUACUACUGGAGUAUAUAGGAUAGUUACAGGAUUCUUUUAACUUUUUAGACUGUGUUUCUACCCCUGUGCUUACUCAUAUUGACCUGAAAUGGAAGUAUCAGAAUUUUUCAAGAGAAACUGGGAUUCAGUGGAAUCUCAAAAGCUAGUUCUUAUCACAGAUUUUCAGACCCACAGGACUCUGCACGAUUCUUGAUGAUCGAUGUCAAAUCUAUGAACCCAGUACGAGUCAACCACCUGCAAAUAAAAGAUCCCCAGAGUGGAACAAAAGCUCUUUGGGAUCACAUUCUGAUGGGCACGAGUGAGAUGAUCAUAUACAUGACCAACUGUGUUCCAAAGAAUUCUCCCACUGGUUUUGCACUAUGUUAACAAUAUAUUGUGGCAAAAUCCUUUCUUGACAACUUUAUUCUUGUCAGUGCUGAUGCCUGAGAUCUGCAGCUGGCUGCUCACUUCCCCUGCUGGUUUUCCGAGUAGAGUACAGCCAUCUCUUGUGAUUAUGAUGGGACUUGGAAGAGGACAGGCCUAGACUGCGACAAGAUAGAGCAGAAAACUUUAAGAGGCCAGACCCCAGAAACAGAAAAAUGUGAGUCCUCUCUGGAAAGUCAGGCUCCAGGGAUGGUUGUGCUCCAGAAGUGCUAAUUAAUUUUGAAAGAUUGAGCGUUGACAAGCUAAAAUAACAAUCGGAUGUUUCUGGCAGUGGUGCUAGUGGUGUUUGUAUUAAGAAUUAUCACGUGACCAAAAAUAAAACUCAAACUGGCUUAAGCAAACAAAGGGAUUGGUUGUCUCAUACACCAAAAAUUGCAGAGCUUGGUAUAGACUUUACAUCCUUUUCAGAGCACCAGCUCCAUGUCUGUUUUAUUCACAGCACUGCCUCUUCUGUAUGCUGGCUUCCACCUCAGGCUUGCACCUCUCUUGAUGGCACAAAUGGCUGAGGGAAUUUUGGGCUUUCUAUUUUCACAUCGCACCAUCCAAUAAAAGAGGGACUGUCUUCUCUGGUAACCCAGCAGAGGACUGAGGAAGAUGUUUCCCAGAAGCCCCAGUAAACAUUUCCUCAAACCUCGUUGGACUAAAUCUGACCCAGUCACAAUGGCCAGAUGAAGGAUACUCUGAUUGGCUUAAGCAUAUAAGGGCCCACCCCUGGAAGCUGGAUGUAUCCACCUGCCAGAGACAAGGUAGGGAAUUGGGAGGAGGUGCUUCCCUCAAAGCAAAAUCUGGGUGCUGUGGCAGGAGAAAGGGGAAAGUAUGCUGGAGAGGCAACCUGUGACUGCUACAUCAACAUCAUCUUCACUAUUAUUUUGAUAAAGGCCAAGUUGGAAGCAAUGCAGAGAUGGAUAAGAUCUUUGUUCAGAGCCCAACUUUGCCUUAUUCCAGCUAAGUGACUUACCUCUUCAAGUCUCAGUUUCUUCAUCUAAAAAAACAUGGAUAAUAAUACCCCCAGGGAAUUGUUAUGAAUGUCAGAAAGUUAAUAUAUUUGAAAAAAUAAAUUUUAGGUACUUUCGUUUUUUCUUAAAGUGCCAAAUACAGACCUAUCUUAGCCAAGAUGGAGCCCACGUUUCCACCCAGCAGGACAGUAGAUGGAAGGAAGACCCCUGGCCACCAUGAGUCUUUUGGGCAAGUCAGGGCCCAUCCCAUGUCUUCAUCACAAGAAAGAAGUUUCACUGGUUCAAAACCAACCUUAAGCAGCAGGUGUUCAGAACUGGGGUGGUGAAGUUUCAGCUUUGAUUUUUCUAUGAAAUUGUUCAGGUUAUUAAAAUGUCAGCCCUAUUCUCUUGUUUAAGAACUGGUUUCAUUUCUAAUGACACAGCACCAUCAUGCCAUUCCUUGAUUUAGUCACGAGAACCAAAACUAAUAUGUGGCUAGUUUCAUGUCAUUUUUAUAGCAGUUAGUACAGAGAACAACAGGCUCUUGUGGAAACAGAUGUAUUUGUUAUCUAUCUAUCUAUCUGCUGCCUUCCAGACUCAAAACCUGAUUUCUGAGAUGACCAAAGUAAAGCACAUCUUUUCUGGCUUGGUCCUUGUGGAAGAGGCUCCCACAAGUACAAAAACCUGGCUGUUCUUCCAAGAAUAAGGAAGAAGAGUGCCAUCUCCCAAAUUCUGUAAAAGUUGUAAAGGAAUGUCAGAAAGAGAUCUUUCUUCUCUUGAAAGAAAAUUCCCUUGGCAUUAUUAUCUUCUGGGGAAACAGAGGAGUUCAUUUCACUUGAUGAGCCUCUGUAAACUUCUUAAAGGCCUUAUGGCAUUGCAUGAGAAUGUAAACAUACAUUUAGUAUUUCCAGAAAAGGCUUUGCCUUAACAACAAUAAUGCUAAUGCUCUCACAAUGACAACAUAGCCAGUCUCUUCACAAGGCUUCAUCAUCUGCAAUGUCUCUACAAGCAAGUUAGAUAACAAAUGUUUACAGAUGAAGAAACGAAGACAUUGAAUAUUCUGUGGCUUCAAAAAAAGAGUGUUGCAGGAUUUAGUUAGAGUCCUGGGUUAACAUCUACUACAUAAUUGGUGGAUCUCUCUGUGUCUGGGUUUCCUCAUGUAUAAAAUGCAAAUAAUAAUAGUAAAUACCUCAGGGGGUUGUAGUGAGGAUUCAAUAUGCUAAUGUAUGUAAAGUGCUCAGAACAGCACUUGGCACAGUUUGCACUCAAUAAAUGUUAGUUGUUAUAGUUAUCAUCUUAACCAACCAUUUCUCUAAAUUGCAAGUUGAGUGUGCUUGCCUCUGUGACAUACACAUAUACAACCAAUCUCUUCCCCCCACCCACACCCCUUCCUGGCCUCCUUCCAACCUCAGUUAUUCAUUGGCUCUUAGGGCCCAAGCUGUCUUGGACAUCUGUCUCUGUCCAAACCAACAAACUAAGGCAAGCUUUGCUUCCGAGCUCACAAGCUGGCUUCCCUCUAGGGCCAUCCCACCAGUCUUUCCUCAUUGCCUUUUAAUGCUCCUAGGGGCACCAACUGAAAAAAAGAAGUUGAAUAUCAUGCCCAGGCAGAUCCAACUCACCCAGAAGACUGGAUUUGGCAGUUACACCUCCUGUUCUUUGAUUUGAUUUGGAAUCUGUGCUAUGAUAUAGUCAAACCCAAGUAGCCUUCUUGGUCUAAUUUUUAAAUUUUUCAUCCAGUUUGACCCACAUGGUUUAGGUUAAUUCCUGAAUUAUAUAUUUUUCCACCCACAGGAUAACAUCAUCAAGAAAGCCUUCUUCAUUUUAUUUCUUUGAUUCUCUUAUUAAUUCAUUCUCUGUUUUAACCAAUCUUCUCUUACUGUGUUCAUCUGAGUAUUCCCAGUAAUAUUGCUCUGAUUUAGUGCUUCGUGUAUGUACAUCUUGUCUCCUCUCCUAAAUUCCCUGAGACCAGAAGCUUCAGCUUCUAUUUCUAUGUAUCACCACAAGACCCCAGGCAGGGCCCUUCUUGGGGAUAACUGAUAGGAGGACUAUGACUGCAUAGACAGGUCUCCCUGGUCUUUUCCUCUGCUUAAAUCCCCUUUCUUUUCUCCUAAGACUCUCAUAGGUUCUUUCUGCCUGAAUGUAAUAAGGCCUUCAGCAAGCAGAGACACAGAUUUCACUGGCAGUGGCUGAUAUGUCCUGUAUUGGGGGCUCGGAGGGUGAGGCUUCCGAGUGGGGUCUGGGACCUGCCUCACACACCCUCUGUUGGUGUAGGUGUUGGCAGAUUGCCUCCCAUUUCUUCCAUGUCUUCUCUUCAUGUCCAUUGUGUUUUCCUUGGUCUAAUCUCUCCUCCUACCCACAAUCUCAUUUGCCUGCCUUUCCCGGAGUCUCUUCCAGACCUGUCCCUUCCUGUGGUUCUGGCCUCUAUUCGUGCCUUGGCCGUUACUCUUUCUUGAUCCUUCUGUAUGUCUCACUUUGGUUUCUGUUCCUUCUUAUUCUUUUUCUUUCACUUUCCCCCGCCCACCAGUCCUGUUUGACAGUGUCAUCAUGACUUACACUGUGGGAACAUGGUACUCACUGUCUCCCACACUACAAAGCUGCCCCUGGAUUUCAUGUGACCAACAUUCCUUCCCUGAACCACUUGGGCAGGAUGGAAGCUCCACCACUGCCAGACGCCAGAGCCCAGCACUCAUAGUGAGUCCUGCUUCCUACCCACCUCAGCAAGCAAGGGUAGGACAGAGGAUGAAGGCCACAGAAAAUUACCCUAGAACUCUUGUCAGAUUCUGUUGGGCAUUGUGAGUUGGGUGUGACCCAAGACACCACUCAGAACAGCUUUGCUCUGUGAAAGAGCGAAACAGGGAGGAUUCUCUCAAAGAAAUGGUACGGCUGCGGGGAAGGGGUGGGUUAGCACCUAUGACUGAGACCAGGGAGGUUUCUAGUGCUGACAUGACUUGGUCCCCUAAUCCACAAAACUCAGCUGAAGCACUCAAGUCCAAUGAAUAACAGGGUCCCAGUCAUAAGCAGAAAACACUCUUCCCUUUUUCUUCCCUCAGCCUCGCACAUGCAGGUUUGUGCAAUCUGUUCUUAUGCAAAGGUUUGUAAAAUUGUUUAAGUGGAGGAUGAGUCCUGAGUUUGUUAGCCACACUUUUCUUGGAGGGUCAGCUAUCAGCCAGGAUAGCUGCAACAACUUGUCCUGUCGGAGUCGGAGAGGAGGAGGGAGGAAUCAAGGCUGCUGGGACAUGGGCCUUCUAGAACUGAGUUUCAGUGAGCAAGAAAAGUUCUUCAUAUGUCAAACAUGCAAACAGGAUUUGGUUAAACACUCUCCCUGUGAGGCAGCUGUCCUUUGAACCUGUGGACUAGGGUGGAAAUAAAGCUCCUGUCUGAGAAACGAUAGGCUUCUUUUUACCCUUUCUGCUGACCGUUGUAUUUCCUGCUAGUUUGCCGCACUGACCUUCUGGCGGCAGCAUGGGGGGCGCCUUUUGCAGCCAGAGCAGCAGCAGCAGAGUGAAAGUGAUUAACGCUCUGAGCUCUACAGUCAGGCUCGGUUCUCUGCAAGCAUAUUUCUCUGGCAUGAUUUCCCCUCACUUUCUGUCUGCAGCUGCUUCACCAGCCAAGGCCAAGAACCAGGUUGAUCAGGCUUUUCUCUUUGCUGGCUGGUUGAGGAAAGAAGUAAGCCAGGUCUCUUGCUUCUUCUCAAGUCCCAGGAAGGAAUGGCAGACCUAAUUCUAGUGCCCUUUUCUUCCUUCCUCUUCAGGUACAAGUGGUUAAAGCCCAUCCAUAGGUGCAUCUGACCCAUGGGAUAGGUGGGAAAGCAAAUACAGCUAAACUCACAAGGGGCAUUUCUAUUCGGAGAUCUUUUUCAUCCCUCCAUGUUGUCUGGUAUAGUACUGAGAAUGCAAUUGAUAUUUAUGGACUCUUUCAACUUUAAUAUAAGACCUGACCAAGGUAAAGGGAAAAGAUAAUGGGAAUUUUUCCAAAUGGAUAAAGGGAUGAAAUUUUUAGCCAACACUAUUUUUUAAAAAACUGUUUUAUAGAACCUUAGCUUUAGUCAGUGUCAGCCAAUGUGCCAAUCUCAUUUUUCUGACUCUUAUAUUAGAACUAAAUGUGUCAUUUUACACAUACCAAUGAUCUUGAAUACUUUUUCAGUUGAUUUUGAAAGUUCAGAGAGCUGGGCUUCCUGAAUCCUCAUUCCUUGGACCUGUAGGUUAUACAGGAUGAUUCACUGGAGAACAAGAAGAAAAUAUUUGAACUUCUAUUUGUCUGUAUUUUUAAUCUAAAAAAGAAGAAAGAAAUUAAGUUUUACUAUUACUGCUAGUAAUAGUAAUAAAUAUUACUAAUGUUUACCAUACAUAUUUACAAGCAUAGGAGUAUAAAAUUUACAAGUAAAUAUACAUAUGAUCAGGAUGCAGGUUCAGAAUUUUUGGAUUGGAUUAUAUGAUUAAAAAAAUGUUUGGUAGGACUUCUGUUUCUGGCCAAUGUGGAGUAAUAGAGAUGGAAUUUACCCUCCUGCCUGAAACAACCCCCAUUCCUCAAAAAUAGUAUAUGAAACAUGUUUUUUUAGGACACUGGACAUCGAACAAUGAAGACAAGUGAUCCCAGAGAGUCAGGAAACAAAUGAAGUGAGCCUUAUGAUUGCCCCAGGUUACUACUCCCUUGAGAGUGUGUUCAGUCUGCAGUAGUACAGGCACCACUUCCUGGUGGACCCCAGUGUACUUCCUGAGUUGAAGAGACAGAGUUGAGGGUCUUGUGAGAUCAAGGGAGCUAGAGUUUAUGAAACAGUGCUGGAAAGAAAAGAGCUGCAUAGAGAGAAACUUGGAGAUCUGUUGUGGAUUCUUCUUGAGUAUUCAGCCAAGUCCUAAUCAGCAAAUGCAUGUGAGGAAACUACCCAAAGAUGGAGAAAGAAUCAUCUGAAAAGAUUAGAGGAAGCAAAUCCUGGACUCACACAAAGACAAAAAUAGUACCUGCUCCUCCCAACCAGAUGGAAAACCUCGUAUUUCACAGGGUAUUGGAAAAGUACUCAAAAACUCUUUCCUUAGUAAUGUGGAAUAAUUAGGCCUAGAUUAAACACUGCUAUGGUCACACCUAACAAAUCUUAAAAUCAAGACCCAAAAGGAUCAAACUAUUUCCAAGUAACUUAACUGCGUCCCAGAAUAAAAUUCAAGAAUACUAAUAAGAAACACAAAUAUCCAGCACCCAAUAAGGUAAAAUUAACAGUGCCUGGCAUCUAAUAAAAGAUUAGAUGGCAUGCAAGUAGGAAAAUACAACCCAUAGUGAGGAGAAAAUUCGAUCAAUUGAAACUGACAUUGAUAUUAGAAUUAGCAGACAGGAAUAUUAAAACCGUUAUUUUAACUGUGUUCCAAAUGUUUAAAAAGUUAAGAUGAUAUAUGGGAGGUAUAAAAAAGACCCAGAUUGAACUUGUAGAGAUGAAAAUUACCAUGUCUGAGAUAGAAAAUACAAUGGUAGAAUGGGUUAGAUUAAUGAUAAAUAGACAUUAUGGAAAAAAGAUGAGUGAGUUCAAAGACAGCAAUAGAAGCUAUACAAAAGGCAACACAACAAGAAAAAAGAAUUUAAAAAAUCAAGAGUAUCAGUGUGCUGUGGGACAACUCAAGCAGCCUAAUAUAUGGUUGCUGGAAUCCUCAAAGGAGAGGAGAGAAGAAAUAUUUGAAGAAAUAAUGGCUGAAAAAUUCCCAAAUUUGAUGAAAACUGUAAACCCACAGAUCCAAGAAGCUAAGUGAAGCCCAAGCACAAGACACAUGAAGAAAACUACACCAAGGCAUAUCAUGAACAAAUUGCUCUACAACAGAGAUAAAGAGAAAAUCUUAAGCACACCAGAGAAAAAGAUGACAGCAGAUUUUUCAUUGGAAACAGUGCAAGCAAGAAGACAGUGGAGAAUACAUCUUUAAAUUACAGAAAAGAAAAAUCCCUAUCAACUAGAAUUUUAUACAUAGCAAAAAUUUUUCAAAAAUGAAGGCAAAAUAGACUUUUUCAGACAUACAAAAUCUAAAGAAUUUAUUAUCAGUAGAACUACACAUAAGAAUGUUAAAUCCUUCCAGAAAGAGGAAAAUGAUAACAAGUUGGAAAUACAGAUCUAUACAAAGGAAUAAAAAGCACCAAAGGUGGGCUCAGGCUGCCAUGCUUUGAAGAAGCCCAGCCAGCCCCAUAGAGAGGCCCAUGUGGGAAAGAAUCAAGACACCUGUCCACAACCCCAGCUGAGCUCCCAUCCAUAACUGGUACCAAGUUUCCAGCGAUAUGACUGAGUCAUUUUGGAAGUGAAUCCUCCAGCCCCAGUCAAGCUACUCCAGCUGAGGCUGCAUGGGAUAGAGUGAAGCUGUCCCCACUAAGCCCUGCCAAAAAUGCAGACUUGAGAACAAAAUAAAUGAUUGUUGUUUUUUUAAGCCAUUAAGUUUUGGGGUGGGCUGUUACUCAGAAAUAGAUAACCAGAACAGGCUUAUUGGUUGGUGGCGUAACUGGCUCUGCUAUCUCAACUAUCACCGCAGCACCUCUCCCUUCCUCUAGUCUGUACUAAGAAAGAAAAAGAAAAAAAUGACUGGGAAAAGAUAGAGGAUAAAGAGUGCAGAGCUGUAAAUAAUUGACUCAGAGAGGAAGGCUGUGGCUUUUUCCUCCCCAUUUCUCUGUGAGUUAAGUGGUGGGGGAUGAAGUGGGGGUUUGGAGAAUCAGGCUUAAAGAUGUGAGAAUACCUGCAAGAAGUGGUGACUGGUAUUUCGUUUUCUACUUGUACCUGUCCUAAGAUACAAAAAUGUGGUCUUGUCAUAAUACUGAAUAUGGGGUGUUAUGAGGAAAAUCUUUAAAAUUUUGCCAUGUAUCUCCUAGAGUUUGGAAGCAAAUGUAAUGAAAUCUGUGUCCACAGUUUUCCUGGAGAUUUUCUGAAGGCAGGAACCUUACUGGAGAAGCUUACAACAACAGAAUGAAUAGGAUUCUAGGGUCUGUUUCUAGGAAAAAAAUAAUGGGAGAAAUGCUCCCCCAAAUUUCCAUAGCCUCCAGAGACUACAGGAAGGAGCUCAGUCUAGUGAUUUUUCUGAAUUAUAAGGGAACCUAGGGUGUUAAAGGAAAUAGGCAGGAGCCUUGGGGCUCCCCAUGUACCUGCAAGCAAGGGAUGUUUCCUCCCACACAGGUGUCUGGAGCAUGAACUCACAGACCGGGAAGGGAGACAUUGCUAAGAACAUCAACAGCAGAGGAAACUAGGUGAAGCUAAACACUGACGUAAGAAAAACAUUCACCUGCAUUGCUCAGAGAUUACCAUUCCACUGCUAAUAUGUGUCCAGUUAUUAAGAAGAACCCAGCCACAUCCUUUAUUCCCCUGGUGGUGUAGUGGUUAAGCGGUGCAGCUAUUAACCAAAACGUUGGCAGUUCAACUCCACCAGGUGCUCCUUGGAAACUCUAUGGGGCAGUUCUACUCUGUCCUAUAGGGUCGCUAUGAGUCAGAAUCGAUUCCAUGGCAACGGGUUUGGUUUGGUUUUUGGUUUAAGCUCACAAUGUCAGAGCAGCUAGGCCCAGAAGAUGGAAGAGGAAGAGAAUACCAAACUAGACCAUAGCCCCACUUACCGUUACCUCCACUUCAUGGGGAUGGAGAGUGAAAGAGCAAAUCCUGCCUCCUUCCCAUUUCAGCUCCCCAGGACUGAAACAGCCUUGUGGCCACUUUAACGAGAGAGAAGAUGAGAUACAAUUUAAAUCAAGCAUCUUAUUUAAAUGACUUUAUUGAGGUAUAUAAUUUACACACGAUAAAAUUAAUCCACUUUAAGUGCACAAUUCAAAGAUUUUUAGUAAAUUUACAGAACUGAGCGACUACCACUAUGGUGAGUUUUAGAAUAUUUCAGUCACCCCAAAAAGGUUCCUCAUGCCUGUUUGCAGUCAAUCUCGGUUUAAGUCUAAUUUUAGUUAGUGGUUUAAGCUGGGCUACAUAAUAGUUUUAAUAUCAGAAAAGUGUCCAGAAGAUGUCUAGAAAGUCACAUAAUCUAAUCAUUGAGAAAUUUGCUAAUCACUGUAGAGGGAGAUUCCAUGUUGCAAAGUUGGGGGCCGUGACUGGAAAAAAAAUAAUAAUAAUAAGCAAAAUUUACUCAUAUAUAUACCCACCGAGUUCACAUUGUUUAAUAGUUAUGUGUUUUUUUUAAAAAAUUGGUGACUUUUUAAUAGACUAUAAAGUCCUUGAGGAUAGUGCCCAGAUCUUAUUCACAGCAUAUCCCUAGGACCCAGCACAGAAGUUGUCAUAUGGUAGUUGCUCAGUGAACUUUUGCUGAAUGAAUAACUGAAGCUCUCAAGGAAGACCCAGAAUAGAUAGAUCAUAAAUAAUGGGAUGUUAGAGUCCAAAUGCAUCUUAGAUAUUAUUUAGUCCAGUUUCUUCGUUACAUAAAUGAGGAAAUUCAGGUCCAAAACAGUGUAUUGACUUUCCCAAGGCCCCUUAGUGGUAGAGUUACUGAGGCUAUUCUUCCUAAUAAACCAACCCUUGAGUUAAACUAGUUGGUAAACCAGAAUCCCAUGCUGCAGAAGGCCUUUCUUUAGAAAAUUCUUACUACUUACAAAGCAGGGGCAUGUUAGAGUUCUAGAUGUUAAAGGUAGUGUGUUCAGGAACAGAAGCAGGUACCAAGGAUUACCAUGGGCAAAGCCACUCAGAGUCUAAGGUGUGGCCAGACACUGCUCAAUUCUAGAAAGAUGUCACAGAACUUUCUAGGUUGGACAGAGAGAUCAAAGGGGAACCUUCCCUAAUAUUAGUCUUGGAUGCUUCCAAAGAUUUCUUAAAGCUUUGCAGAAUACUUUGGGCUCUGGAUCAUCAUAAGCCUAUCUACCUGGUGUCCCCUAGAAACUCCAGAAUACCUUGGACCUAACACAGGCCAGCCACCCUAAGGGUUAUCACAGGAUUUAUGGGCCCGUCCCAGGCCAUUCAGUACCUAAGUCUCUCCUGGUGAGGGGAUGGUGGCCCUACACAGAGCAGUCCCACAUUGGGACACUCACCUCACAGCCCAGCCACUUUAUAGACCACCAGCGAGACUAGUUCAAUUGGUUCUCUGGGACCCCACAUGGAGAAGAACCAGUUCCCAGGGGAUUCUUGUCAGUCAAUGGAGCACCUUCAGGCUAAGAGAUGUAUUCUGUCACAGAGGAUUUUCCUGCUCAGUAUCCCAGACGCUGUUUUCCCAUUGGGUUGGAACAGAAAUCCCGUGGGCUGGCUUUGACUUCUCUCUGAGGUUUGGUGCAUCGUGAGGCAGUCUCGGUUAUGUCAUAUUUCUGUCAGGGUUUUCCCUGGGUUCUGCUGGGAAGUGGCACCUAUCAUCAAACACUUUCGCUUUGGGUUAUUCCUCACUUCGAAUCAUGGCUCACUCUUCAAAGUCCACGAAAAAGCACCCCAGCUCUCUCUAAGCAUUUUGUUAGAAAAUUCUAGAACAUAUCAAUGAAUGCCAAUAUUGGCUUGCAUUUUAAGACUUGAUCCAGGCCCAGUGUAGAGAAUGGACUUCUGUUUGUCUGUAAAUUCCUGCCCCACCACUACCAUUCAAAGUGUGUCCUUGGGAUACAUGAGAUAAAGCUAAUACUUGGCUCUUGUUUCAAAGACUUCAUAAUAGCCUCACAGUUUGACACAGUUUUCAACAGUGACAUUUGGGCUUCACCUGAUAAAUUGAAUGCCAGGAUCUAAAAGUGAAUAGUGAUAUAAAUAUGACUUAUGGAGACUUCACCCUGAAAACCUAAGGAAAAUUCCUCUGAAAAGGAAUCUAGCAGGAGGUUAUAUAGCUAAAGGGGAGUAUCCUGAAUGAGAAUUGCUAUUUGAUACAUUUGAUUUGGAUGUGAAUCUCCUCAAGACCAGGGCCCAGCUUGGGAGGGCAGUCUCUGCGUAGACCCAAUCCAGAGGUGGGCAGUAAAAGGCUGCCCUGCUCUUGCAAGCCACAGUGCAGUGCUCUGGAGUGGGAAAUGGCAUGCUCCUGGCAGCCAGUGAUAGUGAAGUGCUUUCUAUGCACUAAUUAAACUGAGUAGCUGGCAGAGUUAUUCUUAGUCUCCAUUUUAUAGAUCAGGAAGCAAAGGCAUUGAAAGGUCAAAUAAGGUGCCCACAGUCACAGAGUGAGUCAGUAGUAAAAACUGGGCCCAAGAUGCAAACGUUGUGCCUUAUGGGGCCAGCAUUUGCUACUAUCUUGUGCUCUGUGGUCUCAGGGAACAUGUUUCCUGAUUUAUCUGUAGAAGAGUUCUUUGCGAUGCUCAUUUCAUGAAUCUUGCCCUAACACUACCUGUUCUAUGCAGGCCUCUUCAACAGCCAAAGCCCCUGCCUUCCUUAGUCUCCCUUCACACUGCCCCUAGACCUUCCUGCAGGCUGUACAGCUCCCACCAGCCUCUUGCAGACUCAUCUCAGCUGGACUCCCCACUUGCCCCAGCACAUUCACCAAGGUGCCUCCUUUGCCCUUGGCCUUUGCCAGGCCAACAACUUCCCUGUACACUAUAGAUCAGAAAUGCAGCCCUAACUUGGGGAUCCCAGGCACUUUUCCUUCCUCACUGCUACUGCUGCCCACGCUGGUCUCUCUGAUUUUUUCAGUUUCAGCAACUCCUUCACCCACUCCCCAUGUCCUCUUCUUCAUCUCCACCCUCUGCCUGUAAGCCCUCCUCUUCCUGUUUUCAAGACUCCUUCAGGAAUUCUAGGCCCCUCCCAAUUUUUCAAGGACACUUAAAGGUUUUCUUUCCUAUACUCAUUGAAGAAACAUGGUGGCCUCUCUACAAAAUUGAUUUGUCCUCAACUCUUUCACCUUUUUUUUUUUUUAGUAGGCAGAAUUUGAAGAUGGCCCUCAAGAUUUCCUGUCUUUCCUUGUGUAUACACCUCGUGGACAUUAAGGGUUUUACUCCCAUGAUUAGGUUAUGUUAUAUGACACAGCUGACCUUAAGAAAGGGGGAUUAUCUGGGUGGCCUGACCUAACCACAUGAGCCAUUUAAAAGCAGAGGGUGUUCUCUGUCUGGUGGAAGAAAAGGAAGUCAGAAAAACACAUACUGGCAGGACUGCCAAUGGAGAGGGCUGGCCUCUAGGUACGAAGAGUGGUCCCUGACUUAACAGCUAGCAGGAAAAUGGGACCUCAGCCCUACAGCCACAGGGAAAUGAAUUUUGCCAACAAGAAGAAUGAGCUUGAAAGCAGAUUUUCCCUAGAACUUCUAGAGAAGAACUCAAUUGGACCAACACCUGGAUUUUAUGCUUGUGAUACCCUGAGCAGAAAAUCUAACAAUUUCAUGUUGGGCUAUGAGCAAAUAAGGCGUGUUAAUUUAAGCCACUAAAUUGGCAAUGAUUUUUUAGGUAGUCAUAGAAAACGAAUACAAAUGAAUAUUUAAUUGUGUUGGAGUUGUAGAUUUUUCUACCUUUAUGCUGGUACCAGAGGUCCAGAUAAGGGACUGCCGCCACACUUGUGUUGAUGCUCAGCCUUGUAUUGCAGACUCCCAGCAGAAGAGACUGGCCAGAUGGCUCACUCUGGCUACAGUUAAGCAGCAGGUCUGAUUGCUUGAUUUCCAGAACUCUGCUGCUGGCUCUGAGACAAGGAUGAAGUUGGCCUUUCUACCACUAGAGACUUCCAGUCUAGUAAUUAAAGUGAGUCUAAUACCCAGUGAGGAGAAGACAAGGAGCAGAAUGCUGGGGAAAGAUCAAAAGAAGGGAUUUCAUAUCCAAUAGGUGAAUUUGAAAAUGUCACGGAGGAUGUGGCACUUGACCUGGGCCUCGAAGGCUGAAUUUGGUUUUAUUUUGGUGAUGGAGGCAGGAAAUUAAGGGUACAUUCACAAAAACAGUGUUGCCGGAUUGUAUAGAAUGUAGGACAUUUGAUACAUCAGGGAGAGUAUGUAUUAGGAUGUAAACAGUAUUCUGGGACCAUAGUGUGAGGCCUUUGAAUCUUACAGAGCACAGGUAGUCCUCAAGUUACGAUGUAUUUGAGUUGCAACUGACCGCACUUACGACUGUGUUUUUGUACUACAUAGAGUGUUGCAGCAUGUAAUUUCCUGAUGUUAUUAUUCUCAGAUGUUCACUCACAGAUGUUUAAAUGUAAUGUUUCCAAACCCCAAGGACAAAAAAAAAAAAAAAAUUGGAUUUAUAAA